GUACUGUCGGCGUCCUCAUCGGGUCAGAUCGGCCUACGGGCGGCUGCAAAUAAGGGUUUUAGAAUAAUCUUUCAGUAAGCUUGCAGACGGUACUGCAGCUGAGAUGACGAAAAAAAGUGCAGUUUUAGGGAAUGGGAAUGGGAAUGAGAAUAAGAAUGGUGACAGAAGCAAGGGCAAGCAUGGUGAUCGAUCAUAUUCGGCGAAGAAGAAUAUGAAGAAAAAUAUGCAGAGGUUGGGAGGAAAGGGCCUCUCCUUAGAAGCGUUCGUGAAUGCCAAAACUAGCAAUGGAAACUAUAACCCUUCCCUCAUAAAGAAGCAAAAGGAGUUCUACAAGAAUGCUAAAUUUGUGAAGAAAUAUAAGAGACUGGUAAAGCAACAGGGUGAUCCCAGUGCUUCUUCUAUUUCUAAAAGAAUAACAGAGGAACUGAAUGAAUGUGGAGAAGCUAGUAAUGUGGAUCGGAAUAAUGAUACAAGCAAAAGAUAUAAGCCUCGCAGCUUGAAAGAACUGUAUGAGAAAAAGCGUGAAGAGGAAGAAAAGGCGAGGAUGGAAAGGGAGGCCAUUAUUCAGGCAAAGACGGAAGAAAGAAAGAGAGCUGAAGAGCGGCGGAAACAAACAAGACAGAAUAUGUUCAAGAAAACAAGGUCUGGUCAGCCUGUUAUGAAAUAUCGAAUCGAGCAUCUCUUACAAACACUCCAAGGUUCAACUAGUUAGAAGUUUGAAUAAUAUUUUUUCACCACAAAUGGGUUAUGGAUAAUGGAUUACGUGAAAGAUUAUGAAUCCCUAUUAUAACCACCUUUGCUGCAUUAGAAAAAUUGCUCUAAAAUUUGAAUUAUGCCAAAAAAAAAAAAUCCCUUGUUAUUACUACGCAUAACUUAGGGAGUGUUUGCAUGUCCUUGUGCUUAUCAAAACUGAUUGAUUUUAGAGAUUAUUGGAAAAUUACCUAGUAAUAAUUUUGUGAUUGGUGUU